AGUUGGGGGAGGAGACGCCCCGAGCAGCUGGGACGAUGGCUGAUGAGGAGGAAGAAGCGAAGCGCGUCUUGCAGAAACUGCAGGAGCUGGUGGAUCAGCUCUACUCAUUUCGAGACAGCUAUUUUGAGACACAUAGUGUGGAAGACGCAGGGCGGAAGCAACAGGAUGUGCGUGAGCAGAUGGAGAAGACCCUGCAGCAGAUGGAGGAAGUACUGGGUCCUGUCCAGGGUGAGGCCCAGGCUCUGCUGCUGAAGGGGAAGGCGCUGAAUGUGACCCAUGACUACAGCCCCGAGGCCGAGGUGCUUCUCUCAAAGGCCGUGAAGCUGGAGCCUGAGUUGGUGGAAGCCUGGAACCAGCUGGGUGAGGUGUACUGGAAGAAAGGCGACAUUGCGGCUGCGCACACCUGCUUCUCAGGAGCCCUCACGCACUGCAAGAACAAAGUCUCCCUGCAGAACUUGUCAAUGGUGCUUCGCCAGCUGCAGUCGGACUCUGGAGAGGAACGCUCUCGUCAUGUCAUGGACAGCGUCCGGCAGGCUAAGGUGGCUGUGCAGAUGGAUGUUCUUGACGGCCGCUCCUGGUAUAUCCUGGGGAAUGCAUAUCUUUCUCUGUAUUUCAAUACUGGCCAGAACCCUAAGAUCUCCCAGCAAGCCCUCAGUGCCUAUGCGCAAGCAGAGAAGGUUGACAGGAAAGCAUCUAGCAACCCUGACCUUCAUCUCAACAGAGCGACGUUACAUAAAUAUGAAGAAAGCUACGGGGAGGCCCUGCAGGGUUUCUCUCAGGCUGCUGCACUGGACCCUGCGUGGCCAGAGCCCCGGCACCGAGAACAACUACUCCUGGACUUCCUCAGUAGGCUAACCAGCCUCCUGCAGAGCAAGGGGAAGACAAAACCCAAAAAGCUUCAGAGUAUGCUGGGAAGCCUGCGCCCAGCCCAUCUGGGCCCUUGUGGUGAUGGGCGCUAUCAGUCGGCCUCUGGGCAGAAAGUGACCCUGGAGCACAAGCCACUGAGUACGCUGCAGCCUGGUGUGAACAGUGGUACUGUGGUCCUGGGCAAGGUGGUGUUCAGCCUAACCACAGAGGAGAAAGUCCCCUUCACAUUCGGCUUGGUAGAUUCAGAUGGUCCUUGCUAUGCAGUGAUGGUGUAUAAUGUGGUGCAGAGCUGGGGCGUGCUCAUUGGUGACUCUGUGGCCAUCCCCGAGCCCAGCCUGAGGCGUCACCAGAUCCAGCACAAGGGAAAGGAGUAUUCCUUCUGCAGCGUCCGUGUGGAAACGCCUCUCCUGCUGGUGGUGAAUGGAAAGUCACAGAACCCCAGCAGCCAGGCCUCUGCCACAGUGGCGUCACGGCCACAGUGUGAGUGACCCUGCAGAGGCAGUGACGGUGCACAGAGA